AUGAAUAUAUUCCCGCACUUCCUUGCCGUCGGUCCUUCGGACUCAAGCCACACUCCAGUUAACGAAGCUCGAGUCCGCAACUCUCUUUCUAGUUUCUUCUUCUUACCAAGAGGCUAUGAUGUUUGGGGGUCCAUAAGCCGUGUUCCGGAGUUCGUGCGCAGUAAGUCAGCCCUUGGCGUAACAAGAACGAGAAAACCAAAGGACAUAAUCGACAACGAGGCUAACAAUGCCGAUUGCAUUGAGGAAAGUGUCGGGAAGUGGUCGAGCUUGAUGAACUCUAGUAGACGUUAUCUUAGGACCCCAUUUACACUGUCGAAGAUACGCGGCAUAUCUUCCGACCUAAAUACUCAGUAUGACCUCAUUGCAAGUCAGGGAACGGGUAUGGUCAACUUUCACUGUGGUGUAUCAGCGGACAUCGGGAAGGGCUGUACGGUCGUGUGCAAUCGCAAUGGCACACUCAGCUUCAUCCAAAGACGAAGUCCAAGGUCGGCAGGAUAUAUGGGCAAAGUUAUCAUUGGCCCAGAAUAA